AUGCAGGAAAAGACAGCCGUUCUGCUCAUCGACCCGCUCAACGAGUUCUUGCACCCAGAUGGCAAGAUCUACUCCCUCCUCAAAGACAGCAUCAACGCCACCGACACUGUGAAUAACCUCCAGAAGUUCGUUAAGAUCGCCAGAACCAACAAUCUACCGAUCCUCUACUGCCAGCACCAGCUGUUCGAAGAAGGCCAGUUUGAUGACUGGAAGCACAUGUCCAGGAGCCAACUCACCAUCCAGCAAACCAAAGCCUUCACAGCGGGCAGCUUUGGAGCCGAGAUACUGAAGGGGCUUGAGCCGGAUCGAAGCAACGGCGACGCAAUUGUCUCGCGCCACUGGAACAGCAGCUCCUUUGCCAACACUGACCUCGACUACCACCUUCGCCAACGAGACGUAACGCACGUUGUAGUUGCUGGCAUGGUUGCCAACACGUGCCUUGAGUCUACUGCUCGCUAUGCAGUUGAGUUGGGCUACCACGUCACGAUCAUAAGCGAUGCAACUGCUGGAUUCUCCAUCCAGCUGAAAGAGGCCGCUGAGAAGAUCAUCUGGCCGACCAUUGUGGACGAAGUUUUACAGGUUGACGAGUGGGCUGCCAAACUGAACAAGGCGGCCUAA